UUAGUCAAGGCAUGCGUCACUCCAACAAUAGGUAACAUGUCUGUCUAUACUUUAAUGUUUCUGUUUCUGAAUAUGUCAACGUGGGGCAUCAGCGAUGCCAAGACGCCAGAGACAUUUUCCAUGGAGACCAACUGUGACCAAACACUUUCCUUCUCUGACAGUAUGAUUCUGACUGGCUCCAAUCUGUCGUCGUCGUGUAACAUGGGCGUGGCGACAGACGGAGAUGCCCUGGGCCUCCUCAUCAACAUCGCAUCCUUCAACCUCCCCCCGGAAUGCAACACCACGCUGGAGAUUGUACAUCCACAUGGGCCUCGAAUAUCCGGAAAGUUGUGUGGCACCAGAUUGUCCACCAAGGUGUUCAACGCCUCCGUGCCUGCCAUAAAGCUACAGUACCACUCAGACACUCCGGAUACAGAUGCUACCUUCAAUAUCAUACUCACAUCGCUCAAACGAGGGCCUAUCGGAAGCUGCUUUGACGACGCCUUCCGGUGCAGCAACAAUUUCUGUAUAGCCAACACUUUAGUAUGCAAUGGAGUUGACGAAUGCGCUGAUAAUUCGGACGAAACUCGGGGCUGCGACAUUUCACAGUCAGCCCGCCUCUCCUCUAUGCCAGUAUUCACAGCUGUUGUCACAUUACUUGCCUUUAUGUCAAGCUCAUUUGGAGGGCAUCCAUGAUUUCCUGACCUGUACUGUCAUAUUUUCGACACAUUGGUAUUUUUGUUUUUGCUAAAUAUACAGUGUUGUUCCUUCUCA